UUUUUUAUAAUUCUAGUUUUUCUUAGAAUGACAUUGAAGUUAUCUCAGUUCUUUAUUCAUUCUGUUGCUGGGACCCAACACCGCAUCCUCAGUUUAAUAAUGAAUUUCAGCUUGAUAUUCAUGGUGAUCAUACAUACUUUUGCAACUGUGUGGAAAUACAUCUGUGUGGGAUGCGAUGGACCAAUCAAAAUUGAAAUCACCUAUAAUUGGAUUAACCAAAGACAAAUGUGGAUACUCGCUGAAAAGAGAAUCUUUUCAACAUGGGAUCUCUACGUCGUUUGCGUAUUUUAUACAAUUGGCGCUCUUAGUAGCACUGGAUAUGGUGGCCCUUCGUCAAGAAACGAUACGGAACAAAUGGUUAUAAUUGUAAUAAUGCUAACUGGGACUUUCUUGAUUGAGGGAAGUUUCUUGGGACGCAUGGAUCAAAGUAAUAUUCCAAAAGGACUGGAAGUGGAUAUUAAAUUGUAUUUCAUGAAAUAUUUGCGUAAAAGAGUUGGCUACAUCGAACCUUCGGUCUUCUCGGAACUGCCAUUUGGUGUAAAAAAUCAGGUGUAUUUGGAUAAAUAUUGGUUCGCUCUGAAUAAGUCAUUCCUAUUUGUCGAUGCUCCAGAUGAUUUAAAAAGGGAAGUUGCCAGCAAGAUGCAAACAAUUACGUACAGCGCAGGGGAGACAGUAUUCGCGUUAGGCCAUAACAUGAAUAUGAUGAUAUUUGUUGCAAGAGGUUCCGUGGAAAUUUUAUCAAAUGAAGAUACCAAAACGAAGAUAUUAUGUUUGGGAAUGGGCACGUCCAUAGGCAGCAUCAAUUUAUUAUACAAUCGAGUGGCUACGCACGAGAUUCGUGCCUCCACUUACUGUGUGAUUCAUGUUCUUCGAAGGAUACAUCUUUGGCAAAUUAAUGUUUUGAGGUAUCAUAAUAAUAGGUACACGGCCCAUAUAUUACUAAAAGCCAAGAUGAAAAUAGCUAAAAUUAAAAUGCAUCGUGAAGCGAAUAUCGUUCCAAUUGAGCUUGAAGAUGUCAAGAGUAGGAUUCCAGAAGAAGUAGACAUAUGGGCUAAUAUGGGAGAUCCUUAUAUAAACCAACCAUACACAAUGAGCAAAGUAGCUGAAUUGAGUACAACUGACAAAGUGUUCGUAAGAUCCACUUGGCCUUGGCUUUUUCAGCCCCAUUCUGAUGUGAUUAGAUAUUGGGAUACCUUUGUCUGCGUCACCAUCAUUUUCGUAAUCAGCCUGUACCCAUAUUACCUUACAUUCAUUCCCAGAGACGAAUAUCCAUUCGCGCUCUACAUGUUCCAAGUGUUUGCUAGCCUAGUCUACAUUAUGGAUGUACUAAUUUACAUAUCGAUUCCUGUGGUCUACGAAGAAGAAUUGGAAACAUCAAUCAAAAAUAUCUUUAUCAAACGACUCCGCUCUUGGAUUUUCCUGCUAGAUUUGCUUGCGGCAAUACCGAUCGUCACUAUAAAAGGAAUAAUAGAUCAAAUUACGUACAUCGAUUGGGAGUUAAUGGCAGUAAUGCAAUACAAUGCCCUCGUCAAGUUCUUUAAGGUCAGAAUUAUGAUCCCAAAAUUACAAUUCUACUUUAUAAUUUGUAGAUACUACUAUUUCUCACCAACUUGGAAAAGUUGCUGUACGUCGAUAAGAAAAUGAUCAUAUUUUCCAAAUUCGUAAUUGUCAUCUAUUUUGCCAGUGCCAUCACAGCUUGUAUUUACCAUAAAACUUUCUGCAGAUUUCUGUAAUUAAUUACGUUCGUGU